AGUAAAUUGAGAGAGUCGGUACUGAAUCAGAACCGAGUCGCGGAUACACUGCGCAAAACCUGCGCCACUUAUGCGCUCCACGCUUCCGUGUCGAAUUUAUGCGACGUCAUAAAACUGCGACAGCGCGUGAGUGCAGUGGCGUUUAUUGCGCUUUUAUUCACCGCGGCAGUGUGUGAUGGAGUGUGUGUGGACACGUAGAACACCAGCGUUGGUGAGAUCGUUACUGAUGGACGUCUCUCUGAAGGAGGAUGAGGUGAACGCUGGGAUGGAACCUGAACAGACGAGUGAAGACGGGAUUUCACUUCCUGUAUGGACAGGUCACGGUGCAGAUCUGACUCCUGCUGCUGAGGACCAGAACUCGUCCUCAUCCUCCUUGUCGGUACGUCCCUGUGGUCUGUGUCUCAGUGAGCCGGCACGUUACACGUGUCCUCGCUGUAACGUUCCCUACUGUUCACUGUCCUGCUACCGCGGCUCGUCUCACACGGCGUGUUCAGAGCAGUUUUAUAAAGAGUGUGUGUCCCAGGAACUGAGACUGCGCAGCAGAACGGAGAACGAGGACCGGAUCCACAUGAGGGACAUCCUGCUGAGGAUGCAGCGGGCGGAGCGGGGACAGGGUGGAGUCACGGGGGAGAUGAUGGAGAAGAGCGGAGGACCAGUAACUGUUCGGGACACAGAGACGCUAACGCUGCUGUCUAGACUAGCGGCGAUUGAAACAGACAGAGAGGACAGACAUGAGGACGAGGUGCAGGGCAUCCUGCAGAGACUCGGACAGAGAGACGGUGAGGAAGAGGAAGAUGAAGAGGACUUGGUGACAAGGAUGUCGGGACUCAAUAUAGAGUCUCUGACUGAAGAUGAGUUAUGGACUCUCCUGCCGGAGAAGGACAAGCAGACAUUUAAACGGCUGCUGAAGGGCGGUGGGAUCAGCGCUCUCGUUCCGAUAUGGCGGCCGUGGUGGGAGGAGCAUGAGCGAGACGCGUCUGUGCUGAUCGAGGAACUCCAGCAGGAGGGACUUGCUGAAGAAAUGAGCGGCAUGGAGGAUGGAAAGGACGAAGAUGUCCAGAACUCACCAGAUGCUUCAGAAACUAAAACACCAUUCAAACAGGAAGGUAAGAAAACGGAAGGAAACAGAAACACUCCUCCUCCAAUCAGCAGUGAGAUCCCGCCCCUGUCCUCCCUCUGCUCUGCCUCGCCGUCGCCGCUGGUGAAGUUCGUCCUGGUGAACGUGCUGUACGGAUACGCCUUCACGCUCCGCCUCUUUAACGGAGACGUGUCGGAGACACAUACGCUGCUGGAGUUCACUCGGCUCCUCCUGUCCGUGUCGGAGUGUUUGGGACACGGCCGGAUGUUCGGUUCGUUCCCUGAGGCUCUUAGCGCUGCGAUGGCGCACGUCCAGGCGCUACGUUACGACUCGGACUCGGCCGUGAACGCAGUGGAGGGUGUGGCUCACAUCUUGAGCGGAGCGAAUCAGACUGAGGGGGCGGGGUUUACACUCUCCGCACUCUCUCAUCUGCUAACGGCAUUGGGCAAGGCACGGGCUGCCACGCCCCGAGACCACGCCCACUUCCGGAAGACUUGUUUCCUGGCAAGGAAGAAAUGCGAGUUCUUGCAGGCGUGGACCAAAGAGAACACACACACACUGAGGGGACUGGCCAGGGGGGCGUGGUCAGAGUGGCACAGACAGACAGGUGAGAGACGGGAGAUGGACAGAGACAAGAAACAGGUGGAGGAGAGCUGGAAGAAGGGAAACGCACGAGAAAAAGUCAUGAUCGAAGAAAUAAAAUUUAUUUAAAAACAA